CUUCAUGAACGGAGCGCCUGUGAGGGGCUUGAGCGGCACCUGAGGGGCCAAAGAGUCCAGGAGCAAGGUGAGAGGCAUUCCAGUGCUGGUUCCUUUGACACAACCUGGUGUGAGGCACAGCAGGUAACAAUAUUUAACUUCUGAGAUAAAGAAUGGCUCAUUCUCGUUCAGCACGGGACUUUGUUGCACUUUCAGAUCUGCAUCCGAACCUUGCUCAUCCUAAUGUAAUCGGGGUGGUUAUUGGGAAAACAGAUGUCAGAAGCUUUCCAGACCGAAAAAACAUUGGCACUGAAAGAUACACCUUCAGUUUUACCAUUCGUGAUUCCCCAACUUACUUCAUUAAUGUCCAGUCCUGGGGCAGAGAAGAGUACAUCAGAUCCCUCUCAGAAAGCUUCAGGGUUGGUGACUGUGUUACAAUCGAAAAUCCUUUAAUUCAGUCAAAGGAAGCAGAAAGAGAAGAAAAAUUCAACCCUGUAACUCCUAGUGGCUACAAAUUAUUGCUGAGUGAAAAUCACUCUGUGGUUAAAACCUCUUCCUGCUACGAGACAGACACCAGGCUCCUGUCCCUGCUGCACCUGCCUGUCAAGGACCCUCAGGAUUAUUAUUCCUUGGGGGACAUCGUGGCAAAUGGACAAAGCCUCCAUGGGAGAGUCCUCAACGUGCUGGCAGCUGUGAUGGCAGUUGGGGAGCCAAAGUAUUUUAUUACUUCGGACAAAAGGAAAGGCCAGAGGUGUGAAGUAAAGCUGUAUGAUGAGACAGAGAGGUCCUUCCCAAUAGUAUGCUGGGAUAAUGAAUCCAUCCAGCUGGCACAGAGUUGGAUCCCCCAAGAAACAGUUAUAUUUGCAUCAGAUGUGAGAAUUAAUUUUGACAAAUUCAGAAACUGCAUGACUGCAACUGUGAUAUCCAAAACCAUCAUUACAACUAACCCAGAAACAGCAGAAGCAAAUGUUCUCUUCAGCUUCAUCAAGGAGAGUGCCCAGGCAGGAGCUCUGCCCGGUCCAGUGAAGGAGCUGGCAAAUGAAACCAUUAACUUGGAGGCUGUAGUGAAUGUCUACACAGUGGAACAGCUGAAAGAAAAAGCUCUGCAGAGUGAUGGGAAGCUGGAGCCUCUCCAUGGAAUUAUUUAUGGCUACAUUUCCACCCUGGACAUCGACGAGAAUGUGUCCAGAGUCCUGCGCAACAGAUGCUCAAUCUGUCGGUUUAUUGUGAGUGAAGUGUCCAACACCUGCACCUUCUGCAGUGAUGUCUCCCCAGAGGCCAAGUCCACCUUUGCCAGCUUUGACAUCCUGGUGGAUGUGACAGAUCACACAGGCACCCUGCACUCCUGUUACCUGUCUGACUGUGUCGCUGAGGAAACCCUGGGCUGCACAGUGCAGGAAUUCCUCAUGCUGGAAGAAGACCAGAAGACUGCACUGAAAUGGCAACUCCUCUUGGAACGAAGCAAGAUUUACUUCAAAGUCACUUCAUCACCCAAUUGGAGAACUGGAUUAAAAGUGAAUCUUCUUUCCUGCAAACUGGCAGAUCCUGUAGAGGCAAGCCAGAGCUUGUUGGGAAGAGACUGGAAUUAUUAAUAAAUGCUAGGAAAGAUUUCCUUCACUCUGCUGUUAGAGAUGGACUUCUGCUGUUCUUGGAUUUUGCCAAGUCUGUUCUGAUGGUAAAGAAGUGCACAUUACAAUGCAUUACAAAGCCUUCUAAGUGGGCUUCUGAGUUCAUAUUUUGGGGGGAUUGUACUUUUAAAUGUGUACUUGGGCCUCAGCUUAAAAGUUUUAAUUCUACCAAAUUCAACCCCUUUUAAGGGGGCUGGAAGGUUUCCUCACUCAGCUGAGAUCUUUGAAAAAAUCAGAAAUAAUAUAUAGGUCACAAGAGAUCUGUUGAACUGCUGUGGUUUUAACUGCUUUGCUGCUUUUGUGUUAAAGAAAUAAAAACUCCCCUUGAAACACUGCCUGGGUUUGUGGCCAAACAUGGAGCUGUGGGCAACAGCGGGGCUGAU